UAUGUUAGUAUCUCCAUAUAGGCGAUUAGUGAAGAAGGACACCAAAUCUAUGAGACCUUCAAUGUUUUUGAACGAAUUUGACAUAUCUUCAUUGUCAUAAUUAAUGACAGUGAAAAAGGAUGUCAAUGAAGGUUCAACCAAAAGCAUUGAGACUUUUGGCUCAUUGACUUAAGUGAAUGAGAUAUCAGAAAAUGGAAGCACCACAUUUUUACCUGUAAUAGAAGAGAGAUCUAAAAUUCGAUUCAUAAAACCAAAACAAUCUGCUACCUAAAGAGAAGUGUUGAUAACUAAAUCUGAUUCUAUUUCACCCCUAACGAAGUCAGAGGUCCAUCUACCCUAAAUCAAUUCUAUACCAACUUCUCCAACUAAGUUUUAAAAACCCAACCACAAAAGACAUUUAACAAAUUUUGAAGAAUAACCUAAAAGAGUGGAAUUUAGGAAAUCCAUUUAAGUGAUCGAUUUCAUCAAUAACAUUAUCACCAAAGAUGUCAUAGACGGGAGUGUUAAACCAUUAAAGAAGAAAUUGUAGAGACAACAAACCAAAUUUAUAAGGAGAGAAUGAGAGCCACAAAUCAACCUGAUAAUUUUUUGAAUCUAAUCUAUAUUAAUCUACAUUGU